AUUGGACAUAAUGCCUAUAGAAACAUUAAUAAAACGCGGAGCCCCCUUCCGUAUUAGAAGAGCCUUUAUUGAACUCAGAUUAGAAGACACUCCUCCUGCUCCCGCUGCUCCGCUCCUCCACAGCCAGUCGUUGCGCGGGAGGAAAUUCGCAACUACCAUGUUUUUUAUCAGCCUCUCCAUCGUCGUGAAGACAAAGAGGAGCUCCGCAAAAGUGAAGAUGGGCUGCCAUCAGUAGCGGGAGAAGCUGCUCCUGUAAAGUCACUUCUUUCUGCAAGCGUCCACGCCCGGAGGCGAGACAGGAGGCGCCGGUCCUCGGAGACUCUCCGUGGCUUGGGAUGCGAAGAGAUGUGAGAGUAAAAAGAGCGAGCCGGGGAUUGUGAUUGGCCGCGCUUAUUCUGAAAGCAACUGAGGAGCAUUGGGCGAGGCAUGUUUGCUCCCGUUAGAGAAUUGACGGGGAGACAUCAAACUUGGACAAGACGUGUUUCGACGCGUUCGCAGCUGCAUCAGGCGGUGUAGGUAAACUUGUACCAUCUCCCACCCCACAAAGACCCAAAGAGGAGGACGCGCUUUCCGUGGUGCUGAAACGGGAGGGCUUGGCUGAUCAACUAGUGAAGCAGGGGAGUAAACGGUGUCACUUUGUUUCCCAGCGUCAUGGUUGAUGUUGGAGCUUUGAUUAGAACCUAUUAUAUACGCACCUUACUGUGCCGCAUCAUGGUGUGGAUGAAGUUAAGGAUGGAGAUGGAUUCCCUCUGGAUACGACUGCGAAGAAUGCCACGUAGCUAUUGGUUCAUCCUGCUGUUUGGAGUUGGAGGUGCGCUUCUCUUCCUUCACCUAGAGGACCUGUCGGAAAUGCUCCUGCAGCAAGGCCCUGGAGUGUGGUAUGGAAGCUCUCUGCGGCAGUCCAAAGGGGACCUCCAAGCUGCAGAAGCCAACCCCGUCUCCCCAAUGCAGCACCCGAACGUUGAGGAGAACAAGCAGAAAGCUGCCACUGUCUCUCAGGAGCAGGAUAUAGGCUCCUCUCAAAUCACGAAGAGACAGCGCAAACUGCUGAAAACAAGUCAUCAGAUCACUCACAGCAAAAACGUCUCCUUAACAUCUCCUCCUGGUUCUGCGCUGGAAGAAAGCCUGAGUAACCUCUCGAGCAUCUUAAAAGCACGGAAGCAGGUGUUGAAGAAUAUGUGUGCUAAAUAUAAAAGUGGUAUCUCAAAGUCCAUCACACCUGAUCAUGUGAAAUACAUUUAUGUGGAGGAGAAAUACAAAGUAUUAUACUGUGAGGUGCCCAAAUCAGGUUGCUCCAACUGGAAAAGGACCCUUAUAGUGUUAUCGGGCAAGGCGUCCAACCCGAACAACCUUAAACAUGAACAGGUACACUAUGGUGGGUAUCUCAAGACACUCAAUAAAUUCAACCAAAAAGAAAUAAUGCACCGUCUUCAAACCUAUAAAAAAUUCAUGUUUGUCCGUGAGCCCCUUGAUAGAGUUGUUUCAGCAUACAGAGACAAGUUUGAGAACCCCAAUGAUUACUACCACAAUCUGUUUGGAAAACCCAUCAUAUCAAAAUACAGGGUUGCCCCAUCUGCAGAAGCCCUUAAAACUGGCAAUGGGGUCACAUUCAAAGAGUUUGUCCAGUACUUGCUGGAUGGCCACCGGCCUGUGGGAAUGGACAUUCACUGGGAGCAGAUGAACAAGCUCUGCCACCCUUGUCUCAUAGACUAUGACCUGAUCGGCAAGUUUGAGAACAUGGAUGAGGAGUCCAACUUUCUCCUGCGAAUGAUCAGAGCACCGGACAGCCUCAAACUACCUAGUUUUAAAGACAGGAAUCCUAAAGAUGUGCGGACCUCUAAAGAGAUCACAGAAAAAUACUUUUCCCAGGUCAGCUUGAUGGAGAGACAGAAAGUGUACGACUUCUACUACAUGGACUAUCUGAUGUUCAACUACUCCAAGCCUUUUAAUGAUCUUUACUAAUCUGUCAUGUGCCAUGGUUCUUUAAUCAACAACAUUCCACAUCUGCAUCUCUACCAUGAUGUUGAUCUUAACAGAAAAAACAAUUACAAUCAAUUACAUCAUUUGGUUUUUUGGAUGGAGACCAAAUUUUUGGAUUUAACAAAAAACAAUUUUUCUUGUUUUCUUUUCACUACAAAUCCCUCUACUAUAGGUCUUCAAAUUGUAUUAAAAUGUACAACUAAUCGAUGAUUAAAAAAACAUACAUGUGAUAGACUUGAUAGACUUUAAUCUAUCUAGUGUGGGUCAAGUAGACAUAAUAGAUGUAAGGGAGUGAUGAGCAAAAAUAUCUACAGUGCUCUUAAAAAGUGUUAAACAAGUGUUAAUAUCAGACGAAGGUAACCUGACUAAAAACAGAAUGUGGUUUUCAAAUGAGGAUUUCAUUUAUUAAGGGGUAAAAAGGGAUCCAGAGCAACUGGGACUUUUCUGAAAAUGUAAUUGCUGCUCUUGAUUAAUCAACUGACUGCCACGCACAUGCCUGAUUACUGUCAGACCAGCAGAAUAAAUAAAUUACUUUAAUAGCACCUGUUUGACAACAUGAACUAGACAAAAAGAUUUCAAAAACUCAUACCUCCUGACCCAAUCUGACCAAAAAGAACACCAAGGGACGUUUCACAUUUGUCAAGGAAAAGACAUGUUGAUCCACAAGACUUUUGGUAAAUAUUCACUAAGUGACGAGACAAGCAUGGGACGUUUUGGAAGUUGUGCAUUCCGGUACAUUUCACAUAGAGCUAACAGCAUUUCAGAAAUAAAUAUCAUGCCAACCGUUAAACAUGGUUGUGAUACUGUGAUGGGCUUGGGCUGCUUUACUGCUCUGGGACCUGUCUGACCUAAAUGUAAUUCUGCUCUCUACCAGAAAAUCCAGGAGAAUGUCUAGAAAACAGUUUGUGAUCUGCUUGAGGGCACUUGGGUUACCCAGCAGGAAAAUGUCCCAAAACUCACCAGCAACUCCACCUCAGUGGGGCUCUAAACAAUUAAGGUUUUGGACUGGCCUAGUCAAAGUCUAGACCUAAAUCCAGUUGAGAUACUGUUACAUGACCUUAACCAGGUAUUUAUUUCUCAGUAACCUUCCAGUUAGUCUAAAUGAAAAAAUACAUUCUGCAAAGAAGAGUUGGCCAACAUUUCUCCACAUGUAAGAAACCUUCUGGUAAGUAUUACAAAAAUGUGUUGGCAACUGCUGCUUCAGUUUCACUGAACCAAAAAAUGUGAUUAAUCACAGUUAUUCAUGAUUUAAAAAGGGGGGCGAUUACUUGUUGACAGCCAGGUUGGUUUGGACACCUUUUUUCCACCUUUUUGUAUUCAGUUAAUCUUUGCCUGAUAUUAAAAUUAGCUUGAUGAUUUGAAACAUUUAAAUGUGACAAAAAAAGCAAAAGAAACCUCUAAGUUUCCCAGCACUGCAACUUUAAAUUACCAGUAUUUAAUUCUUUAAGUAAAACGUUUCUCUAUUGCCAUACGUUUGUGAAAAUUAACCUUUUUUAUUUUAAAAUUUAAAAGUUUUUUUUCAUUUACUAUAUUGGUCAGCCAUCAGAAUACCUCUAUAUAUGAGUUCUAAAGCAGAUCAUCCGUGUACUUGGCUUUACUAAUAUAAACCGUAACAAAGUUAAACACUAUUACAAAGUAAAAAAAUCUUUAAAAUGUGUCAAAUGCUGCCUGCUUAAAAGCUGUGUGCACUUAUUGUAGCAUUUUUAUACUUCUAACACAAACAUAAUUUACAUGUAGUCUCACUCAUACUUGUGCUGUGGGUCCUUCGUCCUUGGAGGUUGUGUCUGGGGGCUGUUAGUGUAAAUGAGAGGCAUCUCUAUACUUGCGGGGUAAAAAGUGUUGUUGCCAGUAUCCCUAUAUGCUGGUGGUGCUGACUUGCCAGUCAAUCAAAUUCCUUAAAAAAGAAAUGACCAGCAUGCAUCAUGCAGGCAAACACAAAAAUAGACGUUUAGAUUUGGUUUUCGGAACAUUUCUUCAAAAAUUUAGUAUUGACAUGGAUGAGGAAAUGAUUGUGGCCAGACUUCACCAUCAGCCGCAUUGAAUAUUUUCUAAACAGCUUUCACUUCCAAAUCUCACACGGUCCGUAGCCCCCUCUGUAUGUAUCACAUGUAAUCUUCACUACUGUACAGGCUUCUUUCUGACUCUACUGGGUAGAAUUGUAUAAUGGGCAUUCAGAUGACUAUAUAUAUUUUUCUAUGUAUUUCUAAAAUUCACGUAAAUAUAAAAAAAUAUAUAUAUUUAGUGCUUCUUGGUGAAACUAUGUUUAACUCUAUUUGAUGUCAUUUAUCUCUCUUUGAGUCAUACUAGUGUAGAGUGUUGUUUCACUGAAAGAGUUUCUUUCCAAAGCUAAAUAUCCACCAGCCAAAACCAUUUUCGCACUCAAGAUUACACGGUUGAUGAAAUAGCAACAGUUGGUGGUUUAAGGUGUGUUUCCACUGCACGAACCAGGUGGUUUUCUGGGGUCGUUUGUUUUUUUUUUACUUUAGUUUUUACCUCGGAAACUAGGGGCAAAUCAUAUUACAAGGGUAGAAACAUAUCGUUAGCCUCACAGAAUAACUGCCUAUGUCAUAUUUUGACAGUAAAAAAUAUAAUGCGCUUGGAAUGAAACAACACUAAUUAUUAAUGUUGUUUGCAAACACAUUUAAACCCACUCACUCAUGUUGAAUAUCAGUGUUUUACAGUGUUAACAUGCAAACACAUUAAUAAAAUUAUCUAAGCCUGGUGAAAAUAUUAAUUAAAUUAAACACAGACUUCUACUUUCAGCUGUCUGUGGAAAUGAGCAAGUAACACUUGCGUGAAAGCCAUUUUAUGCAGUUUUAACUUUUAAUCGUACAAUAUUCUUCUGCAUUUACGCUCUGAGUAACAUAUUAAAAUGAUCGUAGGCUUGGAGGACUGUGUAUUAUUAAUACAUUUUAAGUUUGAAGCUUAAGACAUGGUGAAACGGGGGCAAGACUUUGUUGUGUGUGUGUUGUUAAAGGACCUAUGAGCCACAUCUCAAAGGCUUUCAUUUUUGAAACUGGAAACUUACUAUUUAUUUUCCUCUCUGCUUCAUCCUGUAGUCUGCAUUUUCAGAAUUUAUUUAAAGUUGUAGUUUCAACUUUACAUAAGGUUUGGUGUUACUCUACGUAAGUUAUAAAGAGUGAUCACUAUGACAGAAUCAUUAGGUAUAGUUUUAUUGCUGAAAAUCCAUUUUUUUAUUUUCAGGAUUUAAACUUCCUUCCAAUUCCCCCACACAGUCAAGAGACAAGAUCUGCGCAGUUCCUUUAAAAUCCAUUUUAGUUACACACAGUUUAAUAAGCCCAACCCCCAGUAUUGGGGGCAGAAUUUAACUCUUGUUUUCUUGGACUUUCUUUACUGCAAGUAGUUAAACAUGAACCAUAUAUGUGGUAUCAACAGAAAUAGUAGAAUAGUAGAAUAGUAGAAUAUUGGCUAAAAGGUGAUAUAAACCAUUUCUACAAACACCAAAAACAGUUCAAACUAAAGGCAGUUGAAUCACAAAAUAACAAACUCCACAAAAUGAUGUAACUGCAAAUCUCGGUCUCAGCUGUUCACCACAUGGCUUCUACACACACAACCAGCAUGUCUGCUGUAAGCAGAGCUCAGAGAUUCCAAAAAAUACAUUAUGUCGCAGUCCAUCCAGGUUUUACUCAACCAGCAGAAUUAUCACUCCCAUUUGAAACAGAUAACUAUAAGCAUAAUGAAUGUUUAGAUAGAGUAUGUUAAUUCUCAGAAAAAUUCUGUUAGAUUUGCGCAUGUUAUUUUGAGCUUAAACUUCACAAAACCGCUUUGGGCUUUAAAGUGAUGGUACUUGGCUUUUAAAACAUAACCUCCACGAACCAAUCUGAUCUCCUCUUGAAGUGGGGAAAAAUCUGUGUCCCAAGAAGCAGCAACACUGCUGCAGUUGGAGGAUCCUCUCUGCUCAGUGGGCAUAGUUUAUAUAAACAACCUGGUUUUGCACCCCACACUGGAAAUGCAUGUAAUAAGCUGUCAGGACGAAGUAAAAGAUUCUGGGAAAUGGAGUUCCAGGGGAAUAAUGUUUUUGGUCUCUUUGUGGAAACACACCUUUAGAGAUGAAAACAUCUUAUUCAGUAAAAAAGGAUAUGUAAAAGUUUGGAAAUAAGCUCUUUGAUUAUUUAUUUCUGAUGUAUGAUGAGCUUCAUUCCACUACAUAACACAUAUUGGCUUCUGACAUUUUCUAACCCCCAAACACCUGUGUGGGGGUGUUUGAAUUGCACUGAAUUAGGUUUUUAGAUCCUCUAUACAAAACUGCUUCUUUCACCUUUAUGUAGUGUAGUUUAUUGUUGCGCUGCUUAAACACACCGAGACUACACCAUCAUGUCCAUGAUAAUACACCACUGAUAUAUUCCUAACACAGAAUACAACUUUCAGGACUCAAAAGUCAGAUUUUGUGAUGUUUCUGUUGGAAAUGCAAAGAGCAUGCCCCCUUUAGUGGGAAUUGCGGAUGGAGAAAGUCAGCGUUCAUCAAAUAACCCAGUAGGUUCAGUAUCUUAUACAGCUGCUACACAUGUAAAACAUUGUGAAAUUUGCAGGUACUAUUUGUUAACACUCCCUAUACCUCGUAUCUUGAUAAAAAAGUGGCACAUAUGUUGCUAUGAAAUAUCUAUUAGUGAACGUGUUGCUUUUAGUCUCUGAACACAAAAAAUGGAUAGAAAUACAUUGUUAGCAUCUUGCAUUGCUAACAGUAGGUUAUUUAGGAAUUCCUACUGGUUUUCCAGACUGACAUCAUUCCCAAAUCCUAGCUCAGAAUCCUUGGAUAAACAGAAUGCAGCAAAAGACUUACUUUUAUUUUUUGUUGUUUGUCUCUAUUUUCAGUUCACACUGCUUAACAAUGUGCACUAACAGACUCACUCAUGCAUUCUCGCACUUUGUAAUGAGUUGUUAAACUACAUAUUAACUGUAGAAUUAAGCAUGGCUUUAAAAUGAAGUGAUAAGAAUCUGAAACACUGUUCAGACUGAUGGCUUACUGUGAACCUUGACUCUGACUAGGAGUAGCUGAAAGGAUGUUGAGGUCUCUAAAUUACCCAAAGCAUUGAUAUUACUUUAGUUUUAGCUUGCAGGUUAAAAUGAGCAGAAAAUAAUGACUCAAUUGCUAAAACACAAGAAAAUAACUUCAAGAUAACAAUUUGAUAUAAUAUGAACGUACACAAAUAUUCAUGUUCCUACUCUGAGGAAGAACAAGUCAUUGUUUUACUUUGCGCUUCUGCUUUUUUGAAAUAUGUUCUAUUCUGACAAAUUAUUAAUAAAGAACUUAAUUUGUCUGUGGAAUAAAACAAAUUCUAAUUUGUAAAAUCUAUGCUACAUACUCUAUAACAGGUUCCAUGACAACUGUUUUGAUAGAAGUUUUAUCUUUAAAUGGUGAUUAUAAUUAUAUGAACAUUUCAAUGUGAUGGAGUUGGCUUCAUUGCCAAAUUCUACCUACUGGUGAGGUUUUGGUCAAACUCUGUCAUUUUUGCCAAGCUGUUGCCAAAGCAGUUAUUGCAUUAUGAAGAGUAUUGUUACACUAUUGUGUUGGGGAGUGGGGGAGAAAUUUAUCAUGAGCAUAACUACAGUAACAAGUGAAUGUAUAACCUAUUCUUGGUGCAAAUGUGUGAAAUAGAUUAUCUUAAGCCCUUUGCCUUAUUUUUACACUGCCUAUUCAAUGGUGUAUUUCAGGAAGACCUUUUUCAGGUGGUUAUUUCUGGCUGAUAAGUGUCUACUAAUAAAACUGUCUUUUAGCAUA